GAACUGUUUCUAGAUAAGUGCAUUUGAACAGCAGAGAUCCUCCACAUAUCGGAAGGACUUAGGCUAACCUAAAAAAUCUUUAUUAUAUUUGAAAAAGAAAAUAAGUUGAAUGAAAGAUAGUAGGAAGUUCAAAACACAGUUUGUGCCUUUUCAGAAGCCAUAUUGGGAAUUUAUUUUAAUAGUGUCUGCCUUGCUCGUCUCAGCAUUGCAACACUGUCGACCCAAGGAAAAGGUACACAACUUUGUAAGAGUGUGAGUGGCUUGCACAAACCUUUGUGAAUUCUGUAUGCUCAAACACUACGUUUCAGAGUGGCCUUGCUGUGGGUUGAACUGCAUUUUAGCUGCCGCCCUUUCUUGAAAUUCUUUGAAAAGAAUUUUACAGAAUUCAUCAGACACCUGUGGUCAGCUUUGUUUCAUGAACGCAGCUGAGGGUGCCUGCUGGUCCUAGUGGAAGCAGGGGACAUCCCUGUGAAAAAUAAGUACCAUCAUGACAGCUGUGGCUGCGUCCUGUUUACAAAUUGCUGCUAGUCACAUUUUCAGUAGUCCUUGUGUGUUUUGCUUUCCCCUAAUGUGGGCAAUUAGGAGGAAAUAUUUCUCACGAGCAUGGACUUGCUCUUCUCCUUGUAAUGACAUAGUCCUGCAAUCCAGGAAACAGUGCUGCAUGGUGUCCAUGUCCACGAUUUCCUGAUGUGGGAAAAACGUGUGGAAAGCAUCUGGAGAGGAGGAGACCCCCUUUACCAGCUUGUUUCCUGUUCUGUGACUGGCUGCCACGUAAUCUUUUCUUCCUGCAAUUGUAUCUACCUGCACAAGCAGUCAAGCAAUCAACAGCGAAGAUGCUUCUUUUUUCAGGGACAAAGAAAUACUGCUUAUAGUAUAGUUUGGCCAGCCAUGGUUUCUCCAGCUCACUCAGUUCCUAAGCACAUAAAGAAGCCAGACUAUGUGACGACAGGCAUUGUACCAGACUGGGGAGACGACAUAGAAAUUAAGAAUGAAGAUCAGAUUCAAGGGCUUCGUCAAGCUUGUCAGUUGGCCCGUCAUGUCCUGCUUCUGGCUGGAAAGGGCUUAAAGGUUGGCAUGACAACUGAAGAAAUAGAUUCCAUUGUUCAUCAUGAAAUAAUCAGACAGAAUGCCUAUCCAUCACCUCUGGGCUAUGGAGGUUUUCCAAAAUCUGUUUGUACUUCUGUAAACAACGUGGUAUGUCAUGGUAUUCCUGACAGUCGACCUCUUCAGGAUGGAGAUAUUAUCAACAUUGAUGUCACGGUGUAUUACAAUGGCUACCAUGGUGACACUUCUGAAACCUUUUUGGUGGGCAAUGUGGAUAAAUCUGGUCAAAAGUUAGUGGAGGUUGCCAGGAAAUGUAGAGAUGAAGCAAUUGCAGCCUGCAGACCAGGGGCUCCCUUCUCUGUAAUUGGAAACACAAUCAGCUCUGUGGCACAGCGGGGCGGCUUCCAGGUCUGCCCCUUCUUUGUCGGCCACGGCAUCGGGUCGUACUUCCACGGGCACCCCGAGGUGUGGCACCACGCCAAUGACAGUGAUUUGUUAAUGGAAGAGGGAAUGGCGUUCACAAUAGAGCCAAUAAUAAUGGAAGGAUCCCCCGAAUUUAAGAUUCUGAAGGAUAAAUGGACUGCAAUUUCUGUAGACAAUAAAAGAUCAGCGCAGUUUGAACAUACCAUUGUGAUUACCUCAGAGGGAGCAGAAAUCCUCUCUAAACUGGUGGAAGAAGCCUAAAGAUGGAGCAAGGAGUGGAGGCACUUGCUGAACUUCUGGGAUUUCCAGUUUCACUCGGGACAGAGAGGAGGUUUCUGUAAUUUCUGUGGGGAAUGGGUGCUGCCCAAGUUGCUGCAGGAGACAGAAAAAGCAGCUUGAGGGGUCGGCUCUGGACAUAGUCCUUUCUGUGUGUUACCCGGUGAGUAUUUAAUAAAAGUCCCUUGGCUUGUUUGUGA